UAAUCACUUCGCAAUUCGCCCACGAGUGCUCACGAUAAAGAAGUCUCCAAAUUUCCAGUACCCCAGCUACCGGAACCUCAUGCGUCUCAGUUUGAUCCUCGUCGUAAUCGCCGCCACUCUUCUCACAUGGAGUGAUGCAAGCAAUCUCCGUUCUUCCAACAAAGUCGUGGAGGAUGCUGAAGAAGAAGAGAGAACGAAUGUAGUACGCAGUUUUUUCAGGAACGAUUUUCCGGAAGUUGCAGCUGAACCGCUUAAGGUUACCUUGAAGGACAAGAUUCUCAACGUCGUGGCUAAACUGAUUCCCAGCACGGAGAGGUUUGACGGCAAAUUUGUCUACAAGGGCGGAGCUCCGGGGCAUGAGCAGUUCAAGUUCACGCAACCGCUCCGCGGCACAAAACAAACGUUGGAUUAGUAUUUCGGCGGUGAAAAGGCCCCAAGAACUAUAUUGGUGCAGCAGCUAGAUUAAAUCGGAGAUACGAACAAAUACAUGAAAAGGCGGAACAAGAGACGCAUAUUGAUGCACCGGUGGUGCUUCUAUUAGUGCUCGUAGUUACGCAUGCGGCUUACUAUUUACUACUGUACUGUAGUGUUAGGCAGUAAUAAUCUUCAUGGUGUUGGCGGA